AUGGAGUCGAUAAAACAAAGGAUUUUGACCCCUGGCAAAGAGGGACUGAAGAAUUUUGCUGGAAAAUCUCUCGGCCAAAUCUACAGGGUGCUUGAGAAGAAGCAGAAAACUGGGGAGACUAUUGAGCUGACUGAAGAUGGAAAGCCCCUAGAAGUGCAAGAGAAGAAGACGCCACUCUGUGACUGUACCUGCUUCGGCCUGCCACGCCGUUAUAUCAUCGCCAUCAUGAGUGGCCUGGGCUUCUGCAUUUCCUUUGGCAUCCGCUGCAACUUGGGAGUUGCCAUUGUGGACAUGGUGAACAAUAGCACCAUACACCGAGGGGGAAAGAUCAUCAAGGAGAAAGCCAAAUUUAACUGGGAUCCGGAAACCGUGGGGAUGAUCCAUGGGUCCUUCUUCUGGGGUUACAUCAUCACUCAAAUCCCGGGAGGCUACAUCGCGUCCCGCCUGGCCGCCAACAGGGUUUUUGGAGCUGCCAUACUCCUCACCUCCACCCUCAAUAUGCUAAUCCCAUCGGCAGCUAGAGUGCACUAUGGCUGUGUUAUAUUUGUUAGGAUCUUACAAGGGCUUGUUGAGGGAGUCACUUAUCCUGCCUGCCAUGGGAUAUGGAGCAAAUGGGCCCCUCCUCUAGAAAGGAGCAGACUAGCAACCACUUCCUUUUGUGGUUCCUAUGCAGGAGCUGUGAUUGCGAUGCCAUUAGCCGGGAUUCUUGUGCAAUAUACUGGAUGGUCUUCAGUGUUUUAUGUCUAUGGUAUGUUAAUCUUUUUCAUUUAAGGCAAGCCUACCCUAUUCUCAAAGAAGUGUCAGGGGAUCGAGUCAUUAUUAGUCACAGGAGCCAAUGUGUUCAGCAUAUGUAAAUUCAAGACUCCAUGGAGAAAAUUUUUUACAUCUAUGCCAGUCUAUGCAAUUAUUGUUGCGAACUUCUGCAGAAGCUGGACCUUUUACCUGUUGCUUAUUAGUCAGCCAGCUUACUUUGAGGAGGUCUUUGGAUUUGAGAUCAGCAAGGUUGGAAUGUUAUCGGCUGUGCCUCACCUAGUGAUGACGAUCAUUGUGCCUAUUGGAGGGCAAAUUGCUGAUUUUCUAAGAAGCCGGCAGAUUCUUUCUACUACUACGGUGAGGAAGAUCAUGAAUUGUGGAGGUUUUGGCAUGGAAGCCACACUGCUCUUGGUUGUGGGCUAUUCUCAUACUCGGGGAGUAGCUAUCUCCUUCUUAGUGCUUGCAGUGGGCUUCAGUGGCUUUGCUAUAUCGGGAUUCAACGUCAAUCACUUGGAUAUUGCACCAAGAUAUGCCAGUAUCUUAAUGGGUAUUUCAAAUGGUGUUGGUACAUUGUCUGGAAUGGUUUGCCCUAUCAUUGUCGGUGCAAUGACAAAGAAUAAGUCCCGGGAAGAGUGGCAGUAUGUGUUUCUGAUUGCAGCCUUAGUCCACUACGGUGGAGUAAUAUUUUAUGGAAUCUUUGCUUCGGGUGAGAAACAACCCUGGGCAGAUCCUGAAGAGACCAGUGAAGAAAAGUGUGGUUUUAUUCACGAAGAUGAACUUGAUGAAGAAACAGGGGACAUUACUCAAAAUUAUGUGAAUUAUGGUACCACGAAGUCCUAUGGGGCAACGACACAGGCCAAUGGUGGUUGGCCCAAUGGAUGGGAAAAGAAAGAAGAAUUUGUACAGGAAGAAGUUCAAGACUCAUACAUCUAUAAGGAAAGAGAAGAUUAUUCUUAA